AUGACGACGAAGAAUGCGACGGAAGCGAUGACGACGAAGAAUGCGACGGAAGCGAUGACGUCGAAGGAUGAGAGGGCGGACGAUGACGACCCGGAGACGCGGGCGGCGGCGCCCAUGGCGCCGUUCACGGCCAUGUUCAGGUACUACGGACCGAUGGAGAUGGGUUUGCUCGGGGGUGGGAUGGUUUUCAGCGCGUUCGGCGGGGCGCUGUUUCCAGCCGUCAACGUGGCGUUUGGUAAUUUGUUGGACUCCACCGCCGUCGGGGACGUGGCGUCGCAGAUUAACCAGGCCGUGAUCGCGAUGGAGAUCGUGGCGGUGUCGUUGGGACUGAGUUUGACGCUGGGGUACUGGUUGUGCUCUUGGGCGGCGGCGCGCGCGGCGAGGAACGUGCGCACCGCAUUCGUGAGGAGCAUGCUGGCGCAGGACAUCAAAUUUUUUGAGAGUAAGAAAGCGGGCGAACUAGCCACGCUGACCGGGGCCACUGUGAAUGAUUUUCAAGUCGGUCUGUCAAAGAAGUUCGCAGAGAUCGUCCAGAGUUUCUUCUCCAUGGCUGGUGGCUUCGGGGUGGGCUUUUACUUCAACGCGCAGCUCUCCGGCGUCAUUCUCGCGUGCGUCCCGCUUUUGGGAUUCUCGACGUACUUUUUGAUCAAGGCGAUUCAAGACACUCAAAAAGGAAACGUUGAAUACGACAGUGCGGGCGCGAUCGCGACGGAGACCAUCGGAGCGAUUCGCGUCACGACAGCUUUGAACUUUCAGCGCGUGGCGACGAGUCGAUAUCAAUCCAACUUGGGUAAAGCGCAGCGCUAUGGAUCCAAGCAACUCUGGAAGGUGUCAUUUGCCGGAGGUGGGCUCUUUGCAUCUAUGUUCGUCAUGUAUGCACUGGGUCUGUGGUACGGAUCCAAGCUGAUCGCGGACAGCAAGGCCGAUGCUUUGGCAAAGUACCCCGCACCGAGCGGUUUGACUGACAUCAAUGAUGCCACUUGGGGCGCGCACGCCAACUUCUCGUCAAUCAAGUGCACGUACAUGAAUGAUCCAAACCGAGUGUACACUGGUGAGUCCCUGUCGCAAUGCGCCUGCGCAUUGGAUUACACCAUGGCUGGGUUGUCAACAACACCGAACUGUGGCUGUGGUUACCGCCUGGACACGGCUUUCGGAGGCGUUCUGGACUCCGCCGCGUCACCGUGUUACACGGGAGGAACCAUCGUCAUGGUUUUCUUCUCCAUUCUGUUCGGUGGAUUUGCUCUUGGACAGGCUGGUCCGGCGUUCGGGGCUUUAGCAAAGGCUCGCGUUGCUGCGCACCAACUGUAUGAAGUGAUCGACCGCGAGCCUGAGAACGGCAUCGAUACGCGAGCGCCGACUGGUAAGGAGCUCUCGACGCCGAUUAACGGACAAAUCGUGUUCAAGGACGUCAACUUUGAAUAUAGCCCGCAGAAACCAGUCUUUACUGGCUUGAAUCUCACGAUUGAAGGCGGAAAGGUUGUUGCUUUAGUCGGCGCCUCGGGAUGCGGUAAGAGUACUAUUACCAAGCUUCUCGAACGAUUUUACGAUCCCACGAGCGGUUCGAUCUUCCUCGACGGAAUUGAUUUGCGCACGAUCCGUAUCGACAAGCUGCGUGCGAACAUCGGCAUCGUUUCGCAAGAACCUUUGCUUUUCGAGGCAUCCAUCGCGGAUAACAUCGCCGCCGGUCGACCGAUGGCUCUCGGGGGUACGAAGCCGACCAUCAGCGAAAUCGCCGCCGCAGCAGAAGCGGCGUGCGCACAUGAUUUCAUAACCUCGUUCCCGAACGGUUAUGACACGAAAGUCGGAGGAAAAAACUCAAAGCUCUCUGGUGGACAGAAGCAAAGAAUUGCCAUUGCGCGGGCCGCUUUGCGUAAUCCGGCAAUCUUAAUCCUUGAUGAGGCCACAUCUGCUCUAGACACCGAAAAUGAACAACUUGUCCAGGCUGCUCUCGAUGGUUUAGUGAAUAACACCGCACACGGACGCCGAACGACGAUAGUUAUCGCUCACAGAUUGACGACAGUGCGUGACGCCGAUAAAAUUGUAGUUCUCGGCAGCAAAGACGCAGCCGCCGGAUUGGCAGGUGGUGCCGGUAGUGCCCACGGCUCGAUCGUUCUCGAACAAGGAACGCAUGAUGAGCUCAUGGCUCGUGGUCCGAAGGGCAUGUAUCGCAAUUUGGUGGGCAUGUCGAGGACCGAACCAGUAAAGCGUAUCGCCACUAUAAAGAAGUCUGCCUCAACGGCUUCCAUCGAGUCCUUCAAAACUGACUCUGUCUACGAAGACAAGGAAGGCACGGAGAAAAGUGACAAGACUGAGCAGAAAGCGGAGCUGUACAAAGUGAAAGCAUCACGUGUUUGGAAAUACAGCUCGGGAGACACGCCGCUGCUUGCCCUCGGGACGCUCUUCGCGGUUGCAAACGGUUGUGUGAUGCCUUCCGUCGCAUUCGUUUUCGCCGAGCUUCUCACCGUGUUUUACUUGGAUGACAUCGAGUACAUGCGGGAACGCUCUGCUGUACUUUCUGGUGCCAUGGGUGCCGUCGCCGUGGGAGCGUUCAUCGUCAUGGGGACGCAAGGUGGGAUCUUCGGUAACAUCGGCGAGCGACUCACUGCGCGCUUGCGUGUUCACUUGUUUCAGUCCAUCAUGCGUCAGGACGUUGCUUUUUUUGAUGAAAAGGAAAACACUGUCGGUGCACUUACGACUCUUCUCCAGGCAGACACCACAAAAGUCCGCACAAUGACUGGGCAGAGUUUUGGAAGCGCGAUCCAAGCCGCAGCGGCACUCACGUUUGGCCUCGCUGUUUCGCUUUCCGCGAGCUGGAAAUACGGACUGGUUCUUCUUGCGUGCGUCCCGGUGCUAUCGAUUGGAGAAAUGCUCAAUAUGAAAAAUCUUGCAGAUGACACGUCACUGGAUAAUACCGUCGCCGAGGGAACCGCUCGCGUUUCGGAGACUGUCACGAUGAUCAAAGAUGUGCACGCAUUCGGGCUCGAAGAAAAAAUGGCGGCGAACUAUGCUGCUUCUAUCUCGACCACCAUAAGUGAGGAACGACGGAAGGCUCUCCGAACUGGUGGUGCGUUUGGUCUCGCUCAGGCGCUGACGAUGGGUUUCUACGGCUUUGCUUUCUGGUGGGGUGGCCAACUGAUAAAAAAGGAUGAGCUUAACUUUAUGGACUUCAUGAAGUCUCUCUGGGCGCUUGGCUUCUGCGCCGCGGGUGUUGGUCAAGCCGCAACGUUUGCGGGUGAUAACCGUGAUGGUGUCGCUUCGGCGGGACGCAUUUUCAAACUCAUCGACAGAAUUCCGCUGGUGAACGCGCAGCCUUUCGUGAAGGUGACGGAAACCGAGGAGGUGCCUCGUGAUGUCCCGACGUCGUCCAAGGAAUCGGACGAGAAGAAGUUUGGAAAGGUGAUCGACAAAUUGCAGGGUAAGAUUGAGUUCAAAGGCGUUUUUUUCAGCUACCCAACGCGUGAUGCUCCGGUUCUCGGUGGGUUGGACUUCGAAGUCAAUCCCGGAGAGACCGUGGCGCUCAUCGGUCAAUCUGGUAGUGGCAAGUCGACGGCGAUUCAACUCCUCGAACGUUUCUACGAAAUCGUGAGGGUCAGCAAAAGUGUGGCAAAUGACGAUGACGGGAAGGCAUUCAAGGUCGCAGUCGAGGGCUCGGGGAGCGCGGGUAAGAUUUUCAUCGACGGCGUUGACCUCUGCGAUCUCGACUUGAUGUGGUUCAGAAGCAACGUGGGAUUGGUGGAGCAAGAGCCCACGCUCUUCUCAGGAAGUGUGCACGAUAAUAUCGCCGCGGGUAUGCCAGGUGGUGUCGCGACGCGACAAAAAGUCAUCGAUGCAGCGAAGUUGGCGAAUGCGCACGAGUUCAUCCAACGCAUGCCCGAGGGCUACGACACGGAUGUCGGCAUCGGUGGCAAUCGCGUCUCUGGCGGUCAAAAGCAGCGCAUCUCCAUCGCUCGCGCCAUCAUUAACGACCCCCGUAUCUUGCUCCUCGAUGAGGCCACGUCUGCUUUGGAUAACGAGUCCGAGCGCCUCGUCCAGGCCGCCCUGGACGGGUUGCUCGCCGACGGCAGCAAGCGCAGCACUAUUGUCAUCGCGCAUCGUCUCUCAACGAUCCGAAACGCGGACAAAAUCUACUUGCUUGAAAAUAGCGGUGACGGUGGCAUCGUCGCAGAGAGCGGCACCCACGACAGCCUCAUCCGUGCAGGUGGCAAGUACCGUGAUCUCACCGCGGCGUACACGUAG